AAGUGAGACAUCUCAAUGGACACGUCAUUGUGACAGUGAGGGUGCUCCAAAGAGCCACUGUGACUCUGCUUCUCUCAGCCACUGUCAAAGGCUUCGUGCAGACCUGAAAGCACAGCAGGAAUCAAUGGGAAUCCAAUGCGGACAAAAAGGCUGAUUUUUCUUACUUUGCUGCGCUUCCAAACGGGACCAUCCAUCCUAGUGGGUUUCUGUCUGACAAUGCCCUGGACCCUUCUCAUUGUUUUCAGCAACAAAGAAAAACCUGCCUAGUUGCCAUGCAUAUCCAAAGAGGUCUGCGGCGUUGAUGAGGAGCUGCUGGGAUUCGGGAGCUGCCGGGAACACAAUGCCCUGCCCCGCUCUUGGCCUUGGGAAGCUGUGAAUUGCUCAUGUCCAUAAGGAGGAAGGAUGGCUCAUGGAAUUCCUUCACAAGGCAAAGUUACCAUAACAGUGGAUGAGUACAGCUCCAACCCAACGCAGGCGUUUACACACUACAACAUUAAUCAGAGCAGGUUCCAGCCUCCACAUGUGCAUAUGGUCGACCCUAUCCCAUAUGACACUCCAAAACCAGCGGGCCACACGCGUUUUGUCUGCGUCUCAGACACACACUCCAGAACAGAUGGCAUCCAGAUGCCUUAUGGGGACAUCCUUCUCCACACGGGCGAUUUCACCGAACUGGGACUGCCCUCAGAGGUUAAGAAGUUUAAUGACUGGUUAGGAAACCUGCCAUAUGAAUAUAAAAUAGUGAUUGCUGGGAAUCAUGAACUGACAUUUGAUAAGGAAUUCAUGGCAGACCUUGUUAAACAAGAUUACUACCGCUUUCCUUCUGUGUCCAAAUUGAAACCAGAGGACUUUGACAAUGUUCAGUCACUCCUGACAAAUAGUAUUUACUUACAAGAUUCAGAGGUAACAGUUAAAGGAUUCCGAAUAUACGGUGCCCCAUGGACACCGUGGUUUAAUGGAUGGGGCUUUAACCUACCCAGAGGUCAGUCUUUGCUAGACAAGUGGAACCUUAUCCCUGAGGGUAUUGAUAUACUAAUGACACAUGGACCUCCCCUCGGCUUUCGAGACUGGGUUCCAAAGGAGCUGCAGAGAGUUGGUUGUGUGGAACUGCUAAACACAGUGCAGAGGCGAGUAAGGCCCAAACUCCACGUCUUUGGUGGAAUCCAUGAAGGUUAUGGCAUUAUGACAGACGGUUACACAACCUACAUCAAUGCUUCAACGUGUACAGUCAGCUUUCAACCAACCAAUCCUCCAAUUAUAUUUGACCUUCCAACCCCUCAAGGAUCAUGAAGCACUACUGCACAUUUGGAACUGGGGAAGGUCUAUAAACUGCCAUUUUCUAAUUACAAAACUUACAUUCUGUUACAUGUUUAGUUCAAAAUUACUGGGGGGGGGGGGGAGGGAGCAUUUUGGGGGAGAGAAUUGUGGUUGGUUUUGUUUUGGGAUGGAUUUUUUUUUUUUGUAAAUUGCUGGUACAAAAGAAAAAAAGUUAGAGGGUUGUGCUUUUUGGAAAUGCAGCAUUCAUUUUAAAUUGAUAAAGCAUUGUGAAUUUGUAAAAUGAAUUUUGUUUUUCAAUAAAUUUGCCAUUGUAAAUUGUUAUAGUGUUCUCAAAAGGACAGCCAAGCUUUCUUUUAAGAAGUGAGAGACCUUAUUUUAAUAUUAUAUGAUAAGCUAAAAAAAUAGGCAGCAUUUAAAAACACCCAAAUUUGCACAACUUAUGUUACUGUCGGGGUUUUUUUAAGUGUCUUCUUCUUUCCCUAGGUCUAAAUGUUAGCUUUUCAUCUCUCCAUUUAUAUCAUUUUUUUUUUUUCUAGUAGCACAGACAAGAUUUUGGGGUCCAUUUGCCUCUUGAUACGUGUGCAUGUACUGAAACUUCUUUCUGUUAAGAGUAGAAUGCAGCAAGGGGAGAAUGGACUUCUCAGUUGUUUGUCACUACCUGCUUUAUACGUUAAAGACUGGUAUAGAUAGCCACAGCCUGUAUGUGCUAUCUACCUGUUAUUGUUUGUUUUUAAAUUAUUUUAGCUUUAAAAAACUGGGGGUGAAAGCUGCAAAGAGCAGGCAUUUCACGCAGUAAAAAAAUAAAAAAAUAAAAAAAAUGUAAAUGCGGACUCCUUUUAAAUAUGAAUUUAUAUAUAUAUGUAUUUUUUGUGCAUUAUAACUAAGCUAGGAUUUAAUAUUGCCAGUAUAGCAUCUGCAAAAUUAUGCUGUACAGCACAUCUAAAUUAUGAAGGAUGUGACACAUUUUCCAAGUGCUCAAGGCCUUCAAGAGCCUGAGUUAAAUCUUUGUCGUAGUUCAGGCAUGUAUAGAGUCAAAUGGAUACAAUCAAGCCUAACUAAAAUAAGGCUUAGUUGUCCUUUAUAUUUAAAUAUUCUUCUUGUCUUUUUAUUUUCUUUUUCUUAUUUUGCACUGUGUGUAAAUGCAAUCUUGCUAGCACAAAAUAUUGUUGCAGAUAGUUAUUUCUGUUCUACCACUGUAAAUGCUAUUGAGCUUUGUUCUGUUUUAUGUUACCUUGUUAAUGGAAUUUAGAAAAGCAGUUGUUUCUUUAAAUUUAUUGUGAUAUUAUAUCUAGCGGCCUUUAUAUGCAAAUAAAAUUGCAAGAUUUUUAAAUAUGUGGUUUAAGAGAUUUUUGCAUUUUUCUUUGGCAUGAAUAUCUGGGGGGACAGCAAUAAGAAUAAGAAACAACUUUUCUAAUGUUCCAUAAUUUUUUAUUGUUUACCAUUCAUAGGAUGUCAGUUGGGUCAAUAAAGCACUCAGACUUUUUA